AUGGCGACUUGUGAUCAAGCCUCUUAUUCUUGCCCCGAUGCGGACUUGACAAUUAGAUCAUCACUGGACGGCAGCACCUUCCCAGCACGGUCCAAAUCUCUAAUUUCGGCAAGCGCUGUCUUCGACGACAUGUUCACCAUUUGUACACCAUCGGAUAACCCGACGAUAGAUGUGUUAGAGGCAUCCGAUGCCCUCUUGCAGCUGCUGCAGUUCAUACACUACCCUCCCAACCCUUACUCGGCAGAAGACAGCCCGCUUUCGAUCGAGACAAUCUCGUCUUUGCUCACGAUGGCAGACAAGUACCAGUUCAAGUCGCAUUUCCUUGACACAAUCCACACCCACUUGUCGGCGCAUAUACCCUGGUUUCCCAUGCAGGUCUACGCUCUUGCGACCCGCUGGAAUAUCCCCGACAUGGCCGAUCAGGCAACCGCAUACCUUCACCAUCCUCCACUCUCUAAAUGGCCAGAAAGCAUCAUCAAGUCACUGCCAUCAGCACAGGCGUAUCACGAAGUGCUUCGCCUACAAGCCCAUCGAACUGAAAAAUUUCGCGAGAUUCUGCUCACAGAGGAUAUAUUCCCCCAUGGGUACGGCAAUUGUAUCUUGCAUGGGCCUGCCACGACCAAGCUCUGGGAACGAGCGCGAAGGACUGUGGCCACACGGCUCGACGCAGGCUCCGAUGUCGGAGAAGAGAUGCAGCAGUGCCUUCUGACCUCCGUCGCACAGUGCAAUGUUUGUGGAAUGGCUCUUAACCGAGCAGUCGACAUGUUAAAAUAUAAGUGUGCUCGCGUAGCCAAAGUUGCUAGUCGUGUUCCGCCUGAGGCAUCAUAACCUGUUCCGUCCAGGACCUUUUGGAGGGCCAGCUAGAUAUCAUGUGUAUUCCAUCUUGUAAGGAGAAAUGUACAUACAAAGUUGUUGGACAUCAAAUGAUAG